AAAUAUUCGCUUAAGAGAUAGAGGUUAUAUUUUACGAGGAGUACCUGAAGGCAGCAGGAAACGUCAGGCGAAGCGUCAAGAUGGUGAAAUUCGGACUUCAGUUCAAAGCCACUCUGGAAAAUGUCACUAAUGUCAGACCAUCGGGCGACGAUUUCCGCUGGUUUCUGAAGCUGAAGUGUGGAAACUGUGGAGAGAUCCCGGAUAAAUGGCAGUAUGUAAACCUCGAGGAGAGUGUGCCACUAAAAGGAGGAAGAAGCAGUGCCAGCAUGGUGCAGAAGUGUAAACUUUGUUCCAGGGAAAAUUCUAUUGAUAUCCUGGGAGACACAAUCAAACCGUAUAAUGCAGAGGACAGCGAACGCUUCAAGACAAUGGUGCAGUUUGAGUGUCGGGGUCUGGAGCCCAUUGACUUCCAACCUCAAGCUGGCUUCUCUGCACAAGGAGCAGAGUCUGGAACACAGUUUCCUGAAAUUAACCUGCAAGAAAAAGACUGGACAGACUACGAUGAGAAGGUCAAGGAGUCAGUGGGAAUAUUUGAGGUCACACACCAAUUCAUCAAGUGCUGAUGUCAUUAAGUGAUGAGCUUCAGAGGUGGGCGAAUGAACACUACAGGCAAGCGUCCUUGUUUCUCGUUGAAGUCAAGGAUGCAUCAGAUGUUGAAGUGGCGAGGUUAGGAAUGAUGAUGAACAUUAACGGGUGUGGACUAAAACCACAGGUUGUUCAUACAGGUGACGGAUUAAUCAAUAUGUCGGAGGAUCUUUUCACUGCCUCAAUAAAAUCGAAAGGAGAAAAUUCUGACUCAAGCUUUUUCAAUGCACAUUUGGUGGCCACUUUAAAUGGUCAGUAGUACCACACUGUUAUAGCCAAACCAACCUGUGAGAUUACUUUUUUUUUAAAUAAGUCCAAAACGAUUUAUUAUUGGUGUGCCAACAAUAAGCCAUAAUCUACUCAAUAAAGCUGGACUGAGCAAUGAUAUCCCAUAUGGACCUUGAGAUGAUUGAAAAGACCUGACAGGUUUCAGCUGUGAAUCAAAGAGAUAAAGGGGGAGAUAGAUAAGAUCUCUCACUCUGUCAGCAUUUCAAGGUGUUGUAAACUGUCUAGAAAUUGCUAUCAAAAUAAAGGGAUGGGGAAUAUAUGGUAUCACAUAAUAGACUUUACCCCAAUACAAUUGAAAUGUAACACUGCACUAUAGGAAACAAUCAGUGGGCGAUCACAUGAAAAUGACAAAAAUAAAUCCCUGCCAGAGACUGCUAAAUUAUUUUCACAAAAUCUCUGCAAUCCAAAGUUUACAACAACUGCAAUUAAAAAUAAGUGUGUUAUUGUAAAAACUGGCAAAAAUGUUUCACCAUAGUCAAUAUUAGUUAGACGACAGGAAGUCUGUGUUCUCUCACUCCGAGGCACAUUGUGUUCUUGAUCAUCUGAUAAUAAAGAUUUUGUGGUUGUGCGUCAAUAUUUAUUUUUCUUGUGGUGCCCCCCCCCCCCCCCCCCCCCGUAGAGAAGAUGAAGUAGAAGUAGACUGGAUCCAUGACUUUAGGCGGAUCCUGCGGUGUGUGUGCUGUUCACGGACCUGUCUGUCUCAGUGUGGACCAGCUGAGCAGAAG